AUGUCGGUUACACGAAAGAACCUUCUCGUUCCUGGUCUAAAAAUAUCUAAAGAACUGGCAGAUGACUGCCUACCCGGAGAAUUUCUUUUUGGUUCUAAUUUAACUCAGAAAUUAGACACAGCAAAAUCUCUUCUAAAUAAGGGCACAAAAAGGAGGAGGGGGACAAACCCGAGCUGUCUAUACAGAAACCUCAAGAUCAUCAGGGCCUUUAAACUCUCGCCCCCCGACUCACCUAUUGGGGGUAGUGAGUCACGAGAGGGGCCCCUCAUCCAGAUUUCACAAAAACACCUAUUGGAACAAACCACAAGAGAAGAGGAGACGACAUUAGAAUUGGGACAUAUCCCCUUUUAA